AUGAGGAAGUUGGAGCCUGAUCCUAAAGUAAAACCAAAGGGCCAACAAAAACAAAAGCCAGGUUCUGCCAAAGAUACUUCUGCAACAUUUUUUGAAAAAUCAGAUGUUGGAAAGAAAAAGGGAAUUGAUGAGACCCUCAAUGUCCAAACUAAUGAGGAGAUUUUAGCAAAGCAGAAAAGGAAAGAUACAACAGAGAGCAAGGCCUACAAUUGGAAGAAAGAACAGGAGGAGAAAAUGAAAAGGGAAAACAUUGGUACUUCUCAAAGAAGAAAGUCUUUUAGAAAUAACAGACCACCAAUAGCCACAUUUCCCAAAACAUCUGCUACUCCUAAAAGGCAUGUAUCCUCUGCUGCAACCAAACCCAAACCUUCAUCUCAAAAACCACCACAAAAGAAGCAGAAAACAGCUUCAACACCACCAUCCUCACCCACUAAACCAACAGAUGUUGAUGCAACAAAAGCAUCAGCAGAUGUUAGGCCAACAGUUGUUGAAACACCAGUGGUUUCAAAAGUUGUUAGCCAAUCCACUGCUUCCAUUCAUUUCAACACACCACCAUCAACACAACUACCACCAACACCCCCAAAGAUUCCCUUCACAACCACUUUCUUCACCUAA